AUGACGGCAUCAUCCGCUGAACCGGUUGCCAAUUCUACGGCUGAAACGCCCGUCAAGCAGAGCGGCACGUCGGUCGGGAGACACGAGGAGUACCAAUAUUUGGAUCUUGUUCGCGAAAUACUCGACGAUGGAGAGCAUCGCCCAGAUAGGACCGGCACAGGGACUUACUCAAUCUUUGCCCCGCGGCCGCUGAAGUUCAGCCUCAACAGGGACGGCAGGCCCAUCUACCCGCUCCUCACCACAAAGCGCGUCUUCCAGAAGGCGGUGCUCGCCGAGCUUCUGUGGUUCAUAUCGGGGGAAACCUCGUCGCUCUCGCUCUCGGAGCAGGGCGUCAAGAUCUGGGACGGCAACGGCUCGCGCGAGUACCUCGACAGCGUCGGGCUGGGCCACCGCGAGCCGGGCGAUCUGGGCCCCGUGUACGGGUUCCAGUGGCGCCACUUCGGGGCCGAGUACGUCGACGCCAAGGCCGACUACACGGGUCAGGGCGUCGACCAGCUGGCCGAGGUGAUCCACAAGCUCAGGACGAACCCGUAUGACCGGCGCAUCAUUAUGAGCGCGUGGAACCCCGCGGACCUCAAGAAGAUGGCGCUGCCGCCGUGCCACAUGUUUGCGCAGUUCUACGUCUCCUACCCUCGGUCGAAGAAGUCGGCGGCGGCGGGUGCAGCGGAGAAUGGCAACUGGGAGAAGGAGGAGGCGAAGCCCCAGGGCCACCUGCACUGCCAGCUAUACCAGCGCUCCUGCGACAUGGGCCUGGGCGUUCCGUUCAACAUCGCCAGCUACUCGCUGCUGACGCACAUGAUCGCGCACGUGUGCGACCUCGUCCCGGGGAGCCUGACGCACGUCAUGGGCGACGCGCACGUCUACGCGGACCACGUCGACGCCCUCAAGGUGCAGCUGGAGAGGGAGCCGCGCGACUUCCCGGAGCUGGAGAUCAGGCGGGAGAAGGGCGGCAGUAUAGACGGCUGGAAGGUCGAGGACUUUGAGGUGAAAGGGUACAACCCGCACAAGACGAUUGCGAUGAAGAUGUCGGUAUGA